GGAAAGAUACAAAUCGUGGGAUUUGUGAUAUGAAUUUAAAAUGGUAAACACAGAUAAAAUAAUAUUUUUCAUCAAAUCCUGAUUGAAAAUUCAUAACGUCGAGUAACUUGAGUUGCACGAUCUUAAACAAUGGAGUUUCAAACUUUUUAAGUAUAGAUGAUUUUAGUAAUUCAUUGAAUCAUCCCUAAAUUAUCAUUAAUAAAGUUGAAUAUAAAAAUAAAAUGUUUUGAAUGUGCGUAAGUAUUUGUUGAAACAUGAAAAGUCCAACUUUAUUAACUGUCAGUAUAUCAUUAUUAGCUAUACGAUUAUUUAAUUUGUACACUGUUCGUUCAUGGUAUGUUCCAGAUGAAUACUGGCAGUCUUUAGAAAUAGCUCAUGGUAUUACUUUUGGUUUUGGAUAUCGUACUUGGGAAUGGGUAGUUGGUAUUAGAAGUUAUGUAUCUGUAUCAUGGAUAGUAAUAAUAUACAACAUAUUAAAAUUUUUUUCGUUAGACACUUUAACACUUUUAAUAUGGAGUCCUCGUUUUGUUCAAACAAUUUUUUCCACAUACUCCGAUUAUUGUUUUGUACGCUGGACACAAAAACAUUCUAAGUGUUCAAAUAUAUUUUGGCCAUGCAUAUGCUAUAUGUCAUCUCCAUUUUUGGCUUAUUGUUCAACACGGACAUUAGUGAAUACAAUGGAAACCAAUCUUACAACUAUUGCUUUAUAUUAUUAUCCAUGGUCUGUAAAAAAUAAAGAUGUAAAAUACUUAUGGAUUGUUGCAUUUGUUUGUAUUAUGCGACCCACAGCAUUUAUAGUGUGGUUUCCAUUGGUUAUGUUUGAUUUUUUUGCUCACAAACGUUAUACGGUUUUUAGUUUUGUAAGAUAUAUUUUUAUGGGCUUAACUGCAAUCAUUUUCUCUAUUAUACUAGAUAGUUACUUUCAUGGAUCUUUUGUUGUUACACAAUGGAAUUUUUUGUACUAUAAUAUUUUAAAAAAAUGUAAUGCUCAUUAUUCAGUAGAACCGUGGUAUUGGUAUUUUGUCAGUGGUUUACCACCGAUACUAGGACCCAUAUUUUUUGUAUUUAUCUAUACAUUGGUGAAAAGGUUAAGACAUUUCAAUAGAACUGAUACAGAUUUCAAAUUAGUAAUUACUGUAUUAUGGACUUUAUUAGUGUUUAGCAUGAUAGCUCAUAAAGAGCAAAGAUUUUUAUUGCCAUUACUUCCAAUGAUUUUCUUUGUAACUUUUCCAAAUAUUUCUUUAAUCUGUAAACAAUUUAUAAAGUUAGCAAGUCUAAAUGUUGUUAUCAAUACCAUAAUAUUGAUUUACUUAGGAUGUUUCCAUCAAAUUGGAUCAACUAAUAUUAUGUCAAAGUUAGCUACAAUACCACAGAAUUCAACUUUGUUAUUUUUAAUGCCAUGUCAUUCAACUCCACUUUACAGUCAUCUUCAUUUAAAUAUAACUACAAGAAUUUUGACAUGUGAGCCAAACCUUCAUGAUACUUCAAAUUAUAUUGAUGAAGCAGAUAUAUUUUAUAAAAAUCCAAAGAUAUGGCUGGAAGAGACAUAUGCAUCAAAAAUAAAUACAAAAUGGCCAACACAUAUAGUUAUGUUUGACCAAUUAUCAAACCAACUUCAAACAUUUUUGAAAAAGGAAAAUUACAAGAAGACUGUAUCAAUGUUUCACAGUAAUUUUCCAUCUGCCAGAACAGGACGGUACAUUCAUGUAUAUACUAAUACAUAAUAUUCAAAUUGAAAUAAUUAAAAAGUAAAUUUCAGUAAAAUAAAACCACUUGUU